CCAAAACCUAGAUCUAAUUUGCCUCUCUUUUCAAAACAAAAUAUUUUAAUUUGUUCAAAAGUAUAAUUCAGGGCAACUUGCAAAUCGAAGUGCACAGACUAUAGUUGUAAAUAUAUAUACAUAUAUAUAUUUCUUUGGCCACGUUCAAAAUGCUUUUGGCACGUUUAGCGCACAUUGCCACAGGCCGCUCGGCUAAGUUGCUGUGCAAGGCUCCCUUCAACUGUGCCCAAGGACUGUGGAAAUCGACGCUUCAAGCGCCAAAAUGCAAGUUCCCGUUGCGCAAGCCAAACAGAGUGCUGCUGCAGCCAAAACAGAGACGAAACUACAGUGAAGAACAUGGAAAUCGUGAACGCUCCCACCUGGAGCAGCGCACCAAAACACCCACAAUUAAGGAGCGUCUGAUGGCUCCGCCCAGUGAGAACGCCUAUUCCAUGGGCAAGGGCGCGGCCGCAGGUGCUGCCCUGAUGGGCAUAGUCGCACUGUGCUACUACGGCUUGGGCCUGGCCAAUCAGCCUAGCAUCUAUGAUCAUUCAGUAAUGUGGCCGCAAUACGUGAGGGAUCGCAUCCACGCCACCUAUGCCUACUUUGGCGCCUCCUGUGCCGUGACUGCGGCCUCCGCUGCGUCCGUAUUCCAGUCGGAGGCAAUGCUCAACCUUAUUAUGCGCAGCGGCUGGAUGGCUACACUGAUCACUAUGGGCCUGGUCAUGGGCACGGGAGCUUUAACCCAGUCGCUGGAUUAUGAGCCGGGCCUCGGCAUGAAACAAUUGGCCUGGGCAGUGCAUUGCGCCGUUAUGGGCGCCGUAAUAGCUCCCAUGUGUUUCAUGGGCGGUCCCGUCUUGGUGCGAGCCCUGCUUUACACGACCGGCAUUGUUGGCGCCCUCUCCACGGUGGCUGCGUGCGCGCCCAGCGAAAGGUUCUUGGCCAUUGGUGGGCCGUUGGCAAUUGGCUUGGGAGUUGUCUUUGCUGCGUCGAUUGCUAAUAUGUGGCUACCGACCACGACAGCCAUUGGCGCCAGCUUGGCCUCAUUGUCCUUGUAUGGCGGCUUGAUCCUGUUCAGCGGCUUUUUGCUCUACGACACUCAGCGCAUUGUCAAAGCAGCCGAGAGCUACCCGGAGCACGGUUACGUGCGCUACGAUCCGAUCAACAAUGCCCUGGCCAUCUACAUGGAUGCCCUUAAUAUAUUUAUUCGUAUUGCGAUUAUUUUAUCGUCCGGAGAACAGCGCAAGAAGAAGUGAGCAAGACGGCAGCCAGUUGAAGACAGGCAUACAAAAUUACAUUGGUACUUAAUUUUCUGGUUAAGGUUUCUUUCAAAAUUGUGGAUCAUCCAAUUUAAUCAGUACAUUAACAUUCAUUUCUCUCAGAAAUUUAUAAUCUUAAAUUAGGAAUAAUUGUAAUGAACAAAUGCAAUCUAUUUGACUUAGUA